CACGCACUUGAGAGUUCAGAAAAACGUCACAUGUGCCAAGCCAUAUGUAUUCAAACCACGGAAGUCAACGCUGAGAACGCAUUCAAAACAAGGAGGCCUAUACAAGAGUCUUGAAAGCGUUCGCUGUAUAUCUAAAGCUGUACAGAAAACUCCCUCUACAAGAAUGGUAAGUUGAGCCUUACUUUACUUACAGUAGUUCGUUGUCGAAUACGAAAUGCAUCACCAUGUUGGCAUGUAGACUUAUUUUAAUUGAGUUCUGUUGAACAGCUUUAAUAUUAUACAUUUAAUACAAUUGCACGAAAUUGCGAAAUUAUAGAUGUUUGAUAUCCGCUAGCUUAGUCGUCGCUUCGUACUAGCAGCCCUUAAUUUCUGAGUAUUAUGAGCAUUUAAUAUAGCUAUUGUAUAAACUAGACGAGUAUUUAACAAAAACGUUCUGAGUGAAUGCCCUUGACAUUUAGCCCAAUUUGAUUAAUUAAACUGCAAGAUUAAAUUGACUUAUCUUUGUAGUAAUAUAGAACGGCGUCAAUACGAAACUAGACGAUUUCGAAACGGGAAUUUAUUCUGGGCAUCACUUUCAUGGACAACAGUUUCACCCGCGUAUAAAACUCGAAAGGCAAUUUCAUGCUAUAAAUUUGAGCUAGUUUUCUAAAUCUGUAAACACGAUUACAUUGUUUAUACUUACACAAAACAUUCCACGCAUUCCAUCUCGUUAUAUUGUUCAGAUAUAGAUAUAUAUAUUUUACAUGUUUUAUUAUAUUUGAGAGGAUUUAAAAAUUUAACUUAACUUGUUGGACUGUACGGCUGUACCAAAGACUGUACUGUUACACAUAAGAUUACAUGAAGUUUUGAACAUUCACACUAAUUGAAACUUCAUGUAAAGUGUGGUUAUUGAUACUGUAACUGUUGAAAUAUGCGCUUUAGUAGGGUAAUUAAAUUUUGAACCUGUGAACGGGCACUGCGCGCUACGCAGGCCAAAUAGUUUUUUUCACUUUUUUUUCUAUUUUUUUAGACCGCAUCAAAAGGUUAGUAUCUGCCAGUGAUGAUAUAACACGAACGCUGCGAAUAUCGUCAGGUCUAGAUUAGGGUUAGAAUUAGUUAGUGUUCAAAUACGGCCAGAUCGACCAUAUUGUUGAAUGGGACACAAAACGUUUGGACUUCGGACCUAUCUGACCGAGAAAUUUAGACAAAAUUAGAAUGAGGUCUAUUUUUGCUAGAUAUUUGAGAAACAUAGACCAGAUCUUUCCAUGAUGCAGAGACAAAAAUUCGGGUCUGACCGGUCAGGCCAUUAAAUGGAAAGCGCCCAUAUAUCUUAAUUUGAGCGCUUUUACUAACAAUUCAGACAUAGCUUUAAUUUUGGGAAGUGAUCAGGCUGUCCUAAAUCCCUAAUCUGGGCUGACUCGUCCCCAAUCGUCUCCGUUUCGGUGAAAGAUGGAAUGUUCCAUUCAACUCGGCUGUCGCCUCGUUGAAUGGAACAUUCCAUCUUUCACCUCAUGAAAAUAUUCUUACCAUUGCACGAAAUAAAAAACAUUCAUUAUUUGUAUAAUGAUCAACCAAUCACAAAGCCCGUUCAUAUAGGUUGAUGGCGACUCAAAUUGCUUUAAAUGUUACUUCAAAAACUUGACGUAAAAACUGACGUACAUUCCUCAUAUUUUCUGUAGAAGUUCAAGAAGCUUUCGACUUAUUUGACAAGAACAGAGAUGGCACGAUCUCGGUCAAAGAACUUCGUGAAGCUAUGAAUCAAGCUGGUCACGAUGCAACGGAAGAGAUGGUUAAAAACAUGUUGAAAUCUCACGACAAAGAUGGUACGCUAGCCAUGUAUACUGUGCAUAUGUUUGUUUAUUCGUUGGUCUGCCUUUCUGUUUGUCUGCCUUUCUAUCCGUUUGUUUAUUAUAUGUCAGAAACAGCUAAGGCCGCGGGGGGUUGCGCUGUGCCGGGGGAAAAUAUUCCCAGAGGGCCCUAUGACGUCACAUUUGUGACGAUAUUUUGCAAUAUAAGACACUUUAUUACAUAUUAUCCGGUACUGACUCGGCUAUAAUAUUUAUAUCAGCAGGGCAGUAGUUACUGGGGGGUGUGAGGUGUUAGUCAAACCCUCCCCCCCUCAUUAAUUGUGGAUAACAUAUUUCAGGUAGAUGUCAGAUGUGUUUGAUUGAAAUUCAAGUAACAUUCGUGUAAUCAGGGCCUCGCUAAAAUAUUUGAGAAAAUUAAAGAUAUUAUAUAUGCGGAAAAAAUGUCUUGAAAAAUUUUUUAUAUUAACUAGUGGUUGAAAAUUAAUUAGUGGUUCAAAAUUUAGAUAUUUUCAGGUAAAAUACUUAACGAGUCAUAUAUCGGGUAGAUUUUUGUCUCGUCAAUACUACCCCCAAAGCUAUUAAAUUCUGCUCGACAUUUUAGAAAAUGGCGUGCUGUCUAUAGACGAAUUCGAGGCAUUUCUCAAAAAAGACAAUUCCGUGAAUUAUGCUGAACUGAGAGAAGCCUUUGAUUUGUUCGACAUCAACGGGAAUGGGUAUAUCAGCAAGGAUGAGUUAAUUCAGGCAAUGAAAAAAAUGGGCGAAAAUCUUAGCGAUAAAGAAAUCGGAACAAUGAUACGCAAAGCUGAUAUAAAUAAAGACGGACAAGUUAGUUUCGAAGGUGAGAGAUAUUUGUGCAACAUUUGAUCAAUAAAAUCAUUUUCCUGAAAAAUACCGUGAGAUUUGCAAGUCCAGCCGUGAGACUUGGCAGCCCUGUAUUACUUGUAUUAUAAUAACAUCCCAUAUUUUAAUUUUUAUAGAGUUUAAAAGAAUGAUGGCACCAAAGUAACAAUACCACAAUAGUUUCCAAAAUGACAGCACGAGAAUUCUAGGGGAUAUACGUAUAUUAGACAUUCUUCCGAUCCGAAAAUGAAAACGAGGUCGAAUUUUGUUUGCCGGCAAUUUGUUUUUGUUGAAAAUAAUAUCUAGUUGCACUGAGGAAUCAAAAUCCGAUAUUGCCUUCAUUUUUGGAUUUAAAGUUGUAUUCAAUUUUUCCAGUCGUUUGCGAGUUAUUGAAUUACAUCGUUUAGUACACAUUUGAAUGAAAAUAAAUUCACCAUGGCAUAGUCGACAUAGUCCAUGCUUGUACAGUUUUACUUUUAAUUCCUUAAAGUUCAUUUAUUUCUUCGUUUGAAUAUAAAAGAAAAGGCUAUACUGAGUACUGUUGUUUAAAUUUAAUUUAGUUAUAAUUUAGUUGUAAGAUUAUAUUUGGGCCUCCUUCAUGCUUCGAGCUUAAAGCAAGGGACAUUUUUGUCACCGCGAACAGGAACGUCGCUGCAGGGGUGGGGGUGGGGGGGAACACCCCCCCCCCCCAUAAUUCAAAACGUUUGUCAAAGUUGGUCAAAAUGGAAGUAAUAUUUGCUUAAAAUUGAAGGUCAAAGUUGGUAAAAUUUGGUCAAAGUUAUGAAAUCGUUCGCAAUUUUAACAAUUUCUAAGCUUUGAUGUUUGCAUGUUUGCGCUGAAACAAUUGCAAGCCCUGCUUGUUUUAGUUGCUUACAUUUCUACUACUUGCAUGGUCAAAAUUCUAGGAAAAGUUGGUCAAAACAUGACGACACCCCCCCCCCCCCCAAUGUUGAUGUCUUCACGACGUCCCUGACCACGAACCGCGUCAGUUUCUAAGGGGGGACUCGUCAGUUUGUGGUAAUCGUCAACACGUAUGACAAAACAUAAGAGUUUUCAGGGACCCUGGGGUUGAUACCGAAGAGAAGCGAAAAACAGAGUAAAUUUUUUGUUUACUCAACCUUAACAAUGGUCAAAAUAAUGUUUACCCAACCCACGUGUUACUGUACUUCAUAAUAAUUAAACACACAAGAUCAUGGUGACAGAAAUCAAGUUGCCUAAAUUCUAAAAGCUCACACUCAAACUCAUGCACUGAGUGUGCCAUUAAGCAAUCACGUUCCUGCUGAUCAAUGAUAGAGCCCUUCCUCAAUCUCUGAUUGUCUAUUUUGGUACAGAAUGUAUUGUACACAUUUUUCUUCAUAUUUUCCACUGCAUGGU